AUGGCCUGCGUCCCUACCACCUGGAUCUGGUGCCCUCUCUGCAUAUACGACCAUAGAUCCUACUCGCCCUUGUCCGCUCGCGCCCACCCCUGUCCGACCAUCCUGUUGCUUUGUACGACCGCCUGCAUUUCAACACCAGCAAAUACAAAACGCUGUCUGCGACCGAGUGUCCAGACUUUGACCUUGCGAGGCUCAGAAGUAGAGACGCGAGCUAUCGUGGCUCUCUGCUGCCCUCUUUUUACCGUCCUAUCCGAACGAUCUUCCGGCCAAACUGACGACCCUCUGCCUCGCGGCUCGCUGCACCUCUGCCACAGCACCUUAGACGCAUGUGUCUUUGUAUGCUGUCAGCCUAUAGACCGCUCGCAAGAGCGUGUACGACCAAUCGAGUUGUAG